AUGGAUCCGCUCUCGAUCAUAGCUGGAGCUGGUCAGAUUGUCGGAUUCUGCUUCACGACAACCCAAGCUAUUGCGCGCUGGUCAAUCGACGUCCGCACAGCAGACGAACGCAUACGCGGAUUCUACGAGGAGAUCAAAACACUUGAAAGGACCUAUGCUGAAGUCAAGACAUGUUUGGACGAUCCUAUGCUCAGAGAUGCGGCCGGCAAGUCGUAUCAGACAGCCGACGGAAAGCGACUCUGGAAUGCAGUCCGUGAUGCUGCGGAUGAUUCGCUAAUGACUAUGACGAAGAUUACGGAGGUGCUCGACAAAAUCAACAGAUCAUCUGGGAUUGUGAGACGGCCUAGGAUGCAAUUCGAGGAAAGCGUGCGUAAAGGCGAACUCGGUACACUGCGCGACAGAUUGAAGUACUUCAACUCCAACAUCUCCUUAUCCAUUCAGCUGGUCACAUGUAUGACACAGCAAGAACACCGUAACAUGACUCAAACGAUGCAACGGGACCUUGACAUCAAGUUUCACAGACUAGAAGCAAUGGUUUCCGACGUCAGGUGUCGACUCGAUCGUCCGACCGCCGAGGAUUUGAGAGGAUCAACAAUUGUCGUUGGCUCCGUCGAUGGCUCGAGAGCUCGAGGAAAGGACAACUACUUCGACUUUGCAAGACGUUUUGUCACUGACGCGUCUGCUCGCGCUACCGAGCGUUCCAACUUAAGCACAAUAUCGCCCGCAAUCGAGCCCACACCCAAAUUCCAUGGUGGCGUGGUCGGCAACUCACCACUCGAGAAGCGGCACACAAUCGCAAUGUGGGCGUCGGAUGUCAACAUUUCGGGCGGGGGCCAGCCCGAGAACGCCAUGGCUCUCGAGCAGCUCCAAGCGAAGCGGCGAACCGAAGAGAGGAAUUUUAAACUGGCAGAGGCAUUCCUGAAGAACGGCCCCGAGCAAGUCAAAGCUGGCAAGCACGAGAGUGCCGAGAAGAACUUCCGAAAGGCGUUAGCAAUUCUGGCAAAACACGACUUCAGUGGCCGGAUCUCAUAUCACCCUGCGGAGAUAGUGCUCAUGCUGGCACAAUCCUGCCUGAAGCAGCAGAAAUACGAUGAUUGCAUCGACAUGCUGAAGCGGGUGUCAGACUUGGACGAGAAUAUCUUCCCAUCUGACUGUCCCGCUGAAGAGAGCGUCUUCCCAGCAUAUCAGGCAGAUCAACUGCAGUCACUGGCUGCAUGCCACCUUCUUGGAGAAGUGUACCGAGAGAUGGGCAACUACGAAGAGGCGAAAGACUACGCCAUGAAGCAGACUGCAGAUGCGUUCAUGUCAUUCCUAGACGUCCAACCCAGCAAUACCUCAAUACUGUCUGCGCACGAAGAGGUCUUUAGCGAGGCGGCAACAGCCAUCACUGUUCCAACGGUCUCUCCACCGCCGUCGGAGGCAGCGGCACCAGUCACCCAAGAACCUUGGACGAACUCGCAACCCAAGACUGGUCGCUUUAAGUCAAUGUUCGGUGGUCGUCCUUCUAUCUCCAACCUCCACGAAACAAAGCCAUACACUGACCCCAUGAUUCAGCCUGUCCGCCGGCACCCAACAGAAGUCAGCGGCACUGGACUACCCGAACCAACAAGCCCUCGCCAAAUGACCCGGAUCCCAACCCGCGAAACCAAAGACACACACAGAUACUCAUCUUCCGAACUGGCACCCGUUCGCACCAGCUCAAUCGACGUGUCCACAAGUAGCUUCAAGGACAUUGUCGAAGAAGUCCGCCGGCUCUCCGUGUCAGGCAAGACCAGUAAAGCCGCUAAGAUUGGCCUUGAGCGCCUCGAGAAGUACGGCUUGAACGCUUGGCCUACUCGCGAGGCUUCCCUGCGGAAGAACAUCGAAAAUGGCAAGAGCUCUGCACGGGGGCUGGCUGCGACCGGCAAAGGAUACGCCGCUAUACACCUGCUCUGCGAGGUCCCUGGAGAUCACCAUCAAGACGUAGCCGUCCUAGUGAAGGAUGGCGCAGACAUCAACUCUGGUGUCUACCAGGCAGGCUUCACAUCCGGCGAGGUCUUCACGCCAAUACUACUCGCAAUCAGUAAAGGCAACAGAUCGGUCAGACCACACUCCACUCCUCGCGGCAUGUCGCCUGGCUAUAUCGACGUAGUGACCGCCAUCCUGGACAAGCCAACUUCCCAGCUACCGAAAACGUACCCUGAGAAUUGGUAUGGCAACCUUCUCACAGACGCAGCACGGCACUGCGAGCUACCACUUGUCGAACUGCUUCUCAGCAGAAAUCUGUUCGACGUGAAUAAAGCAGACAGCUGGGGCAAGACCGCCCUUAUGUACGCCAUCAUCAAGACGGACGUCCCUACGUCGGGUACGGACAAGCAGCUAGCGACACGGGCGAAGAUGCUAGGCUGGAGACUGGAGGUAGUGAAGCGGUUGUUAGAAGCCGGCGCGGAUGCAAGUCUUGUUGAUGGGAAGGGCAACACAGCGGCACGGUACGCACAACUGGAAGGGGAUGCAGAGCUGUUGGCCGUGGUAAAGGGCGUGACGAGGUUCGAGCUGGCGGAGACGGUGCCUAGGCAUGCUGGUGUGGCGGAGAUUGGUUCAUGA